CCCAUUUAAGCUUUGGUUACUCAGAGUUCAACAGGUUUAAUUUUCAAUGUCCCUGCCGUGGUGACCGUGUCCUCCUCCUAAGGGACAGCACCCAAGAUGGUGUUGACCUAGGUGGGCACAGCAGGGAGCGGAAGGGGAACGCAGGAGACGGGCCUGUUUUCGGAGCCAGGUGCAGGGCUUUACACAGCCUUUGCUGUGGCACAACAGGGCUAUGAGUGGUGGUAGGAUUCGCUGACCGAUUACUUCGGGCCCCUCUGUCACCUGUGCCGAAAGCAUCGCUCCUCGUCUGGGGCUGGGGAGCCCAGGCCUGCCGUCCCACGCGAUCCGGGACGCGGAGCCUGUACUCGGCGGAAGCAGGGGGGCGGGGCCUGCGGCUGCGCGGCCACUCACAAUCUUCCCUGACGGCACCUCUGGGGCGAGUGCUUCCGGGGCGGAGGUUACCAUGGCGGCGGCGGCCUUGGCUCGGCUAGGACUCCGGGCCGUCAAGGAGGUUCGGGUUCAGUUCUGCCCCUUCGAGAACAACGUGGAGUCUACGAGGACCUUCCUCCAGGCGGUGAGCCGCGAGAAGGUCCGCGCCACCAACUUGAAAUGCUCCGUGAUUGUGGAUGUGAGGCACGACGGCUCCGAGCCCUGCGUGGAUGUGCUUUUCGGAGACGGGCACCGCCUGGUGAUGCGCGGCGCCCACCUCACCGCCCAAGAAAUGCUCGCUGCCUUCGCCUCCCACGUCCAGGCCCGGAGCGCGGCGGGGAGCGGGGACCCACCUGGCGCUGAGGCGGGCCGCUGACAGCGCGUAAGAGGCCAACGAGCAGAUCCUAGCCUGGGCCUUAGAGAACAUUAUCCACGAAAAGCUCGACUUAAUCAUCCAGAUCGCUGUCUGGAGGCCGCAGACACCAUCCCCACCCCCCAAAGAGCCCUAUGACUACACAUCUAACCAGUGCUUCUGGGAUGAGACGAUCCGGGAAGGGCCUAGACAAACUUGAAUUUAUUUCAUUUUUUAACCAUCGCUCACGCUUAACCGUUUUGAAUUUGGCUUCCCCCACCACUCACUCAAGUAUGAUACCUCUUACUCUUAUUAGCUAAAUCCAGUGCUGUUUUCUCAGCCCUGAGCUCUCCACCUAAGUAGCAUUUGCCACUUUUAAUUCAUUCCCUAUGGAACUUCUCUUCCUUUUCCUUCUCUUAAACAUAAACUCCCCCCCCCCUUUAUUUUUGGGGUAUCUCAUCUUCUGUUAUAACUUGAACUACCCUUUUGGGUUAAACCAUGCAUUUCUGUUUGGGUCUAAUAUUAAUUUCUGUGCUACAGUCAGGUUACCUACUAUCGAUUUUCUCCGAAUCUUACAAACAUUCUUUGUUCAAAAUACAAUUGAUAAUCUUACAUACACAUAUACUUGCCUCUCCCUGACUUCCCCAUUCCUUUUACAGGCACUUCAUGUGCCCAGCCACCUGGGCUGGAAAUCACAGCAUUGUCUCUGGCUCUGCUGUCUCCUUUUCCUUGCAUACCCAGUCAGUAAGUUCGUAGUAUUCUAUGUUAAACAAAAGCCCCUGAAAUGCUCUCUUCAUUCCCAUUCACUCUCCUGUAUUAUUGUUACAUUCUCCUUUUUUUUUCUCAUCAUUUUUGCUGCUGCUUAAUUUUAUCUUUCCAAAGCACAUCACUGGUUAUGUCUCACUACUACUUGUUUCAGAGAACAGCACCUAAAGUACUUUUCAUACAGUUACCACCCAUUAGUGUGGAUCGUGAAUCAAUUUAGGAGGUUAAAUCAGCCUUUAAUAAAGUAAAAUAGAAUAAAAAGUAUCAGUGCAUGCAUGGCACAUGAAA